UGUGUUUGGUGGUGAGGUUUGCAGACUGUUUUUGCUGAGUAGUGAGGGAUGGUGUUAGUCAAGCACCUGGAAACAGAAAGAGAGAAGAAAAGGAGGGUAGGAGGAGGAGAAGGACAAAACAAGCGAUGCAGAGAAAGGGGGAUGAUCGUAUCCAUAUGGCAGAGCUUGUGUUCUUCACUUUCUGGAUAGAGAGAGGGAGAUGGACAGAGAGGCUAGAGGAAGAGAGAGAGAGCUGGGAAGCCAACAAGGAGUGAGAGAAAAAACAACUGGAAGCGUAGCACAGUAACCCAGAGAGCUGUAGAGACCGAUUCAAAGCAUGUGACAAUGAUUUAGCUACAGUGUAGCUACUGUGUGGGUUUUUCUGAAGAUCCCUCGGAGGGAUAGAAAGAAAGAAUGAGUGAGACUGGAAGUUCCUAAAACGCUGCGCUCGGGAAUUCAGGACACUCUUUUGAAAGCACCAUGACAGCAGCAGCGUGGUACCAUCGGGAUAUCAGCCGUGUUCAAGCUGAAGAGCUGCUGGCCCGUGCAGGGAGAGAUGGCAGCUUCUUGGUGAGGGACAGUGAAUCUGUGCCUGGAGCCUACGCCUUGUGUCUGCUGUUCCAGCGACAUGUUCAUACAUACCGAAUCCUUCCUGAUGCAGAUGGGUUACUGGCUGUGCAGGCCACGCAGGGAGUGCAGGUGAAUUGUUUCCGUACUCUUAGUGAUUUAGUUGUGGGUUAUCAACACCCACACAAAGGUCUGGUGGCCCCAUUGCUUUACCCUGUUAUGCGUGAAUCAGAGCCCAACGAUGAGAGCUCAGAUGGAGACGAUGAGAAGCCAAGUUCAACAUUUGUCACCCCUCCACCACGUGCAAUGUCCCCUGCAGGCCAGCCCCCACCUUCCAGUUCAGCAGCUCCUCAUUUACUGCUGCAGAGGCUUCAGGAGCUCAGGCCAAAUAGUGCGGGCUGUGAGAUUGUCCAAUUACUGGAUGAGUAUCUGCAUGGUAAUAUGUGUAAGGACCUGGAGAAUGUGAAAGGAGGCGCAUCAGGACUGCAACACUUUCAGUGCAUCCUCAGCCGCGCAUGUGACAGUCUGCACAGUGAGAUUGACCAGACUUUGUCCAGUUUGGAAACCUUAGCGAAAGUGUUUGAUCAUCCUAGUGGCCACCUCACCUUCUCCACAAUGCAGAAUACAGGGAAGAGCCCUGGAGAAAACAUGGAUAAUUUGCUUCACAAGCUCACUGCCCUCUGUAACCUGUUGUCAUCUCUGGAGAAGAGGGUUCUCAAAGCUUUGCAAGAAGCUGUAACCAGUCACAACUUAUCUUUGCAACCAGUCACUCCUCCUGAGUCUGUCACAGCCCCCAAAAAACAGGCCAGACCUAAUACUGUCCACAGCUUUCAGGUCAAGGUGGUCAGGUAUGGCAGGCAAACAGUGUCGGUAGACAUAGAUGCAGGAGUGCUGCUGUUUGACAAGAAGACUGGCUCAUUCGGUGUAGAGACUGUCACACACAACAGGAUCGUGCAGUUGGUGAAGAUUCAGAGAGGCCUUGCCAAGCUGAAAAUGGUCAUAGACAGUCAUCACAAUCCACCGAGAGAACUUUUGUUUGCGAGCAUGAAUAAACGAGAAGCUUUCUGUCGGCUGCUGCAGCUUAUGAAAGCUGCUCACUCCCAGCAGUCUGAGCUUGAUGUAAUCUCUGUGUUUGUGGGCACCUGGAAUAUGGGGGGCACUCCACCACCCGGUUCACUUCAGUCCUGGGUUACUUGCUGUGGUCUGGGUCUCACCCCAGACGAGUCCAUCGCCUCCCUGCCUCAUGAUAUCUAUGCAGUGGGCACCCAGGACAACCCACAGGGCGAGAGAGAAUGGGCUGAACACAUCAGAGCCACGCUUCGGAGUGCAACCAACAUCGACUUCAAACAGGUGGCAGUACAGUCCCUUUGGAAUAUCAGACUGGCUGUGUUUGUUAAACCAGAGCAUGAAGGACGCAUCAGUCAAGUAAACACAGCUAGUGUUAAAACUGGCCUGGGGAACACACUUGGAAAUAAGGGAGCAGUAGGAGUUUCUCUUCUCUUUAAUGGCACCUCAAUGGGCUUUGUGAACUGCCACCUGACUUCUGGUAGUGAUAAAGCACUCAGGAGGAACCACAACUUCCAAGACAUCCUCAGACUCUUGUCUCUUGGAGAAAAGCAGCUCAGCACUUUUGACAUUAGCCUUCGUUUCAAUCAUCUCUUUUGGUGUGGAGACCUCAACUACCGCCUGGACCUGGAUGCUCUGGACAUAUUGAAGCAUGUUUCAAAGCGAGAAUUCGAGGAGCUGAUGUGUGCAGACCAAUUGACCAGAGAGCGGCACAGAAGAAAGGCCUUUUUUAACUUUAAGGAGGAGAAGAUUUUGUUUCCACCCACCUAUCGGUAUGAACGUGGUUCUAGAGACUGUUAUCUAUGGCAGAAAUACAAGUCCAGUGGGGUGCAAGUCAAUGGGCCUUCAUGGUGUGAUAGAGUUCUGUGGAAGUCCUACCCAGAGUCUCACAUAAUCUGUACCUCAUAUGGAUGCACAGAUGACAUCUUCACCAGUGAUCACUCUCCUGUUUUUGCAACUUUUGAAGUGGGUGUGAUAUCACAGUUUCCCAGAACAGAAUUGGGUUCAGAGAGAGCCAGCAUUGAGCUGGAGGCGAUUGAGGCCAUAGUGAAAACUGCUAGCAAGGCCAAGUUUUUCAUUGAGUUCCACUCCCGCUAUCUUGAAGAGCCUCGACGUUCUGCUGAGAAUGACUCACAGUACUGUGAGGUACCAGGAUUUCUCAAACUUGGCUGGUCUUCAAAACAGUUCCCCAAGCUCCACCCAGUGUUCUCAGAUUUAGAGCAUCUCCGGGAUCAGCACUUGUUGUUGUCUGUGAAGUCAUGUGAUGGCUUUGAGUCAUACGGCGAAUGCUGUGUGGCUCUUCGCUCGGUAACAGGGAAAUCAUCGGAUCCAUUUGAGACAUGCUUGACUCACAGAGGAGAAGAGAUGGGUUCUAUUCGAGGACAAAUCAGGGUUUAUGUACCACCAGACCGCCGAAGAAUCCGGGAAAGGGUCUAUGAGUGGCUCUGCAUGGAGAAGGAUGGGAAGGAAAUGACAAACGAUCAUUUGUCUCGCCUGUCUUCCUGUGCAUUCCCAGCCCAAGCACCAUCAUCCUCAUAUAUGGCAGCGCCAAACAGCUACAACAAUCCUGCAUACUUCAUCUUUGAGGGGGUGCCUGUGUUGCGAAGAGUUGAAGAGAUUCCCUCAUCCAGCAAAGAAUCCCAAGUAGAAUGGGCCAAAGAUGCUGUGAUACAGCUCCCUAGAGUGACUGGAGGUCACAGCCAUGGCAAAAGGUCUGCUCGGAGGUCCGAUUUCACAGAGAUUGAGAUUCCUGGAUCUUUAACACCCUAUAAAUCAUCUUGCGAGACUCAAAGUGAACUGACGUCAACUGCAUCCUCUUAUCAGCUUUUCCCAGGUCCAGAUGUUCCUAAUACAUCCCCAAACCAAAGACACACCACCUCCUCCAAUACAUCUUUACAGUUACAAUCCUAUAAGAACAAUAUGACACAGGAUUCAGUAUUAUCAGUCAAAAAAGUCACAAACUCCUACAUGAACAGUUCUGUUUUUUCCCGGGACAUACAGGCGCCACUCAAAGAAAAAGUCAGAAAGGACUAUCACAGGCUACACCAAGGUCGGCCCAUGCCAAUGCGAAAUGGACCAAAGCUGUACCCAUAUAUUUCCACAAGGGUUCCCAUUCAUGAAUCCUCAAUACCCUGGAUAGUAGAGCAGCCAACUACAGCUUCAGGAGACAACUCACUUACAGCCCUCCAAAUUGCUAAAUCACUAAGUGAGGUGGAUUUUCAGCCAGUAGACAGGAAGUACCAAUAUAAUCAAAUAUCGUCUCAGCAAAGGCAUCAUGGAUAUGAUUAUGGUUUAGCUAGUGAGAGAAACUACAGCUGGGAGAAAGAGGUGUCAGUCUUACAUGGAGCCCCAGAAACAGUGCGGGAGCUGCUCAGCACAUUGGGUUUGCAGCGCUACACGCUGGACCUCAGCCGUAACGGCUGGGAUGAUCUUGAUUACUUCAGUGGUAUUACAGAGGAGGAGCUGUGUGCAGCAGGUGUGUCUAACCCGUCUCAUCGACGGAGAAUCUUGGAGAACCUUCCCAAGAUCUGGGACUGAACUGAAAAGAAACCGAGACUAUCAGGAGACAAUAUGACAAGU